CCUCUGGAUCCCUCACAGCCCAUGCUCCCUCCCUUCCACUCAGAGAGUGGCGCUUUGGGGAUGCUAAGGAUGCGCCUCCGUGUACUUCUAAGGUGGGAGGGGGCUACAAGCAGAGGAGAAUAUCGGACGCUCAGACGUUCCAUUCUGCCUGCCGCUCUUCUCUGGUUCCACUAGGGCUUGUCCUUGUAAGAAACUGACGGAGCCUAGGGCAGCUGUGAGAGGAAGAGGCUGGGGCGCCUGGAACCCGAACACUCUUGAGUGCUCUCAGUUACAGCCUACCGAGUCCGCAGCAAGCAUUCAGAACCAUGGACAGCAGCGCCGGCCCAGGGAACAUCAGCGACUGCUCUGACCCCUUAGCUCCUGCAAGUUGCUCCCCAGCACCUGGCUCCUGGCUCAACUUGUCCCACGUUGAUGGCAACCAGUCCGACCCAUGCGGUCCUAACCGCACGGGGCUUGGCGGGAGCCACAGCCUGUGCCCUCAGACCGGCAGCCCUUCCAUGGUCACAGCCAUCACCAUCAUGGCCCUCUAUUCUAUCGUGUGUGUAGUGGGCCUCUUUGGAAACUUCCUGGUCAUGUAUGUGAUUGUAAGAUAUACCAAAAUGAAGACUGCCACCAACAUCUACAUUUUCAACCUUGCUCUGGCAGAUGCCUUAGCCACUAGCACGCUGCCCUUUCAGAGUGUUAACUACCUGAUGGGAACGUGGCCCUUUGGAAACAUCCUCUGCAAGAUCGUGAUCUCAAUAGACUACUACAACAUGUUCACCAGUAUCUUCACCCUCUGCACCAUGAGUGUAGACCGCUACAUUGCCGUCUGCCACCCGGUCAAGGCCCUGGAUUUCCGUACCCCCCGAAAUGCCAAAAUUGUCAAUGUCUGCAACUGGAUCCUCUCUUCUGCCAUUGGUCUGCCCGUAAUGUUCAUGGCAACCACAAAAUACAGGCAGGGGUCCAUAGAUUGCACCCUCACGUUCUCUCAUCCCACAUGGUACUGGGAGAACCUGCUCAAAAUCUGUGUCUUCAUCUUCGCCUUCAUCAUGCCGGUCCUCAUCAUCACUGUGUGUUAUGGACUGAUGAUCUUACGACUCAAGAGUGUCCGCAUGCUGUCGGGCUCCAAAGAAAAGGACAGGAACCUGCGCAGGAUCACCCGGAUGGUGCUGGUGGUCGUGGCUGUAUUUAUUGUCUGCUGGACCCCCAUCCACAUCUAUGUCAUCAUCAAAGCACUGAUCACGAUUCCAGAAACCACUUUCCAGACUGUUUCCUGGCACUUCUGCAUUGCCUUGGGUUACACAAACAGCUGCCUGAACCCAGUUCUUUAUGCGUUCCUGGAUGAAAACUUCAAACGAUGUUUUAGAGAGUUCUGCAUCCCAACUUCCUCCACAAUCGAACAGCAAAACUCUGCUCGAAUCCGUCAAAACACUAGGGAACACCCCUCCACGGCUAAUACAGUGGAUCGAACUAACCACCAGCCAACCCUGGCAGUCAGCGUGGCCCAGAUCUUUACAGGAUAUCCUUCUCCGACUCAUGUUGAAAAACCCUGCAAGAGUUGCAUGGACAGUGUAGACUGCUACAACAGAAAACAACAGACUGGGUCACUCAGAAAAAAUAAAAAGAAGAAGAAGAGGAGGAAGAACAAGCAAAAUAUCCUAGAAGCUGGAAUAUCUAGAGGAAUGAGGAACCUUCUUCCUGAUGAUGGCCCAAGACAGGAAUCCGGGGAAGGCCAGCUUGGCAGGUGAAUGUCAUCUGAACACAGGGAUGAGCUGGUGAGCAGUGUGGAGGUGCAGGCUCUGCUAGAAGACAGCGAGAGGGAAGAUGCCUUUCACUCAUAAAGGUUAGGAGUUGUAAGUGUAAUGUCUAAUGUAUUGUCUGGUUUGCCGUAUUGCGUGUUUUCAUACGAAUGACUUGGCAAUGUAGAGACAGCCUGUUAAACAUGGCAAUGUGGCUUCUGUGGACACCGCUCUCAUGCCACUGUGUGCAAAUAAACAAGGAACUUCCUUAGGAAGCACCUAGUCACCUUACAUGAAGAGUUUCCUAAUGUCACAGAAGAGGAAGAAAGCCAGUAUUUGUUAUGACACUGUUUCUUCUAAAUAAUGUAAUUAAUAAAAUAAAGAAAAACAUGGAUUAUGUACUUAGUGCCUCUCCAUCUCUUGAGAGCAGCUUUACCUGAGCUUGGUGAGAAAGUCAAACUACAUCUUCUAUCCUUGCAACCCUCUGGAACUGCUUUCCUUUAGGUUAGAGGAGCCUGUUCUGUAAUCGGUCCCCUUCUGCUACAGUUGUGAUGGCAGUCCCUCACAACUUGCCAUUGGGAGUAUCUGCAUGAAAAUAUUUGGACUAAUUUAAAGACUUAUGUCAAGAGAUAUUGUCGGAGAACUGAGAGCAAUUUUAUGGAUAUGCAAGUGAGCUGCAGCUCACAUGGGGCAGAAAUUUGAUACAGACACUGUGGAGGAAUGCUAAUGACUAGCUUGCUCCUGAUCCUGUGUGCAACUAGCUUCCUUCCACAGUUCAGGAUGCCUGCCUAAGGAUGAUACCACCUGCAGUGGACUUCGCCUCCAACAUCAGUUAGCAGUCAAGAAAAUGUCCCAGAGAUAUGAUCACAGGCUAAUCUGAUCAAGGCAAUCCCCUAAAUGAGACUCCCUGAGAUAACUCUGAGCUGUGACAAGUUAAAUAAGAAACUCUGUUACCAAAAUCAGGAGAGAAAUUGUGAGAAAAUAAUACUAUAAGCAAAUAACCCUAAUAGAUGCUAAACACACACACACACACACACACACACAGAGAGAGAGAGAG